AUUUUUUCACUACUGGGAUUGUUGUUUCUGCCUUUGGAUUUCCUGUUAUUCUUGCUCGUGUAGCUGUGGUAUAUUUCUCUGAAGUAAGAUGACUUGUAAAAAAUUCUGUGUGGCUCUGUUACACUGGGAAUUUGUGUAUAUGGUAACUGCACUUAACAUGGCCUAUCCAAUUUCUCCCUGGACAUUUAAGUUGUCUUGCAUGCUACCAAAUACAACCUAUGACUUCUUGCCUGCUGGAAUCUCAAAGAAUAUUUCGAAUCUGAAUGGAAUUCAAGCUGUUGUUGAAGCUAAAUUUAAUUCAACUACUAUUUACUCUAAUGUAACAUCCCAAACAACUUUUUGUUGUUGUUUUUGGAAUGAAGAAGAUCAAAACUGUUCUGUGCAUGCAGAGAUUGGUGGGAAAAAACUUGUUUCAACAGUAAAUUCUUUAGCUUUCAAACAAACAGGUGCAAACUGGAACAUACAGUGCUGGAUGAAAGAGGACUUGAAAUUAUUCAUCUGUUAUAUGGAGUCAUCAUUUAAGAAUCCUUUCAAGAAUUAUGACCCUGAGGUCCACCUGUUAUAUUCUCUUCUUGAAGUGGUAGAAGAGCCGCCUUGGAUUCCCCAGAAAGGCAGUUUUCAGAUUGUUCAGUGCGACUGCAGUGUUCACAAGUUCUGUCAAUGCUACGUCCCUAUGCCAGUUUCCAAACUCAACUACACUCUUCUUAUGCACUUGAACAUCACAUCUGGUGGAAUAACUUUUCAGUCACCUUUAAUGUCUGUUCAGCCCAUAAAUGUUGUGAAACCUGAUCCACCAUUUGGUUUGCAUAUGGAAAUUACAGACACUGGCAGUUUAAAGAUUUCUUGGUCCAGCUUAACAUUCACACUGUUUCAACUUCAAUAUCAAGUCAAAUAUUCAGAGAAUUCUACAAGUAUGAGAAAAGCUGAUGAAAUCGUCUCAGCUACAUCUCUGCUAAUAGACAGUGUGCUUCCUGGGUCUUCAUAUGAGGUUCGGGUGAGGAGCAAGAGAUUGGAUGGGCCAGGAAUCUGGAGUGACUGGAGCACUCCACUUAUCUUUACCACACAAGAUGUUAUUUACUUUCCACCUAAAAUUCUGACAAGUGUUGGGUCCAAUGUUUCUUUUCACUGCAUCUAUAAAAAGGAAAACAAGAUUGUUUCCUCAAAGAAGAUUGUUUGGUGGAUGAAUUUAGCUGAGAAAAUUCCUCAAAGCCAGUAUCAUGCUGUGGGUGACCGUGUUAGCAAAGUUACGUUUCCCAAUUUGAAUGCAACCAAACCUCGAGGGAAGUUCACCUACGAUGCUGUGUACUGUUGCCACGAGCAUGAAUGUCACCAUCGCUAUGCUGAGCUGUACGUGAUCGAUGUCAAUAUCAAUAUAUCAUGUGAAACUGAUGGGUACUUAACUAAAAUGACUUGCAGAUGGUCAACCAAUGCAAUCGAAUCACUUGUGGGAAGUACUUUGCAGUUGAGAUAUCAUAGGAGCAGCCUUUAUUGUUCUGAUGUCCCAUCCAUUCAUCCUGUAUCUGAACACAAAGAUUGCCAUUUGCAGAGAGAUGGUUUUUAUGAAUGUGUAUUUCAACCAAUCUUUCUAUUAUCUGGCUACACAAUGUGGAUUAGGAUCAAUCACUCUUUAGGUUCACUUGAUUCUCCUCCAAUAUGUGUUGUUCCUGAUUCUGCAGUGAAACCACUGCCUCCAUCCAGAGUGAGAGCAGAAAUAACUGUAAAAACUGGGCUACUGAAAAUAUCUUGGGAAAAGCCAGUCUUUCCAGAGAAUAAUCUUCAGUUCCAGAUUCGCUAUGGUUUAAGUGGAAAGGAAAUACAAUGGAAGAUGCAUGAAGUGUAUGACCCAAAAUCAAAAUCCGCCAGUGUCCCCGUGCCAGACCUCUGUGCCAUCUAUGUUGUUCAGAUGCGCUGUAAGAGGCUAGAUGGCCUGGGGUAUUGGAGCAACUGGAGUGCCCCAGUCCACACUGUUGUCACAGAUAUAAAAGUUCCUACCAGAGGACCUCAGUUUUGGCGAAUAAUUAAAGAAGACACCACUAAAAAAGAGAGAAAUGUCACUUUACUUUGGAAGCCUUUGAUGAAAAAUGAUUCAUUGUGCAGUGUGAAAAGAUAUGUGAUCAAACAUCAUACUUCCCACAAUAGAACAUGGUCAGAAGAUGUAGGUAAUCACACUAAAUUCACUUUCCUGUGGACAGAGCAAGCACAUACAGUUACAGUUCUGGCCAUCAAUUCAAUUGGUACUUCGCUUGCAAACUCUAAUUUAACAUUCUCGUGGCCUGUGGGCAAAGUAAAUACCGUGCAGUCACUCAGUGCUUAUCCUUUAAAUAGCAGUUGUGUGAUUCUUUCCUGGAUGCUAUCACCCAGUGAUUACAAUCUGAUGUAUUUUAUUAUGGAGUGGAAAAUUCUUAAUGAAGACACUGAAAUUAAAUGGCUUAGAAUCCCCUCAUCUUCUAAGAAGUGUUAUAUUCAUGAUCACUUUAUUCCAAUUGAAAGUUAUCAGUUCAGUCUUUAUCCAGUAUUUAUGGAAGGAGUGGGAAAACCGAAGAUAAUUAAUAGUUUUAACCAAGAUGAUAUUGCAAAACAUCAGAAUGAUGCAGGUUUAUAUGUAAUUGUGCCAAUAAUUAUUUCCUCUUCAGUCUUAUUGUUUGGAACAUUGUUAAUAUCACAUCAAAGAAUGAAAAAACUGUUUUGGGAAGAUGUUCCAAACCCCAAGAAUUGUUCCUGGGCACAAGGACUUAAUUUUCAGAAGAGAACGGACAUUCUUUGAAGUCUAAUCAUGAUCACUACAGAUGAACCCAAUAUACCAACUUCCCAACAUUCUAUAGCGUAUUAGAAGAUUUUUACAUUUUGAAGAAGGGGAGAAAAUUUUUUUAAAAAUUGGUUGAACUAUUGAGAAGUAAAGUAUGGUGGGUUAUGUUGAUUUAGAACUUAAAAUUGAUGGGUAAAUUUGGGGUCAAGAUAGAGGUCUGAGUCUAAUUUAUUUAGGAUUAUGAUUACUUUUCAGUUCACCUAAAUUUAAAAAUUAGUAUUCAUGAUAUCUAGUUUUCAAUUUAUCAUUUAUAUGGACAUAUAACAUAACAUAUAAUCAUUAAAAACUCAAUGAUUAUUCCUACUGCCACAUAUCUAUGCAAUAUCAUCAAAUAGAUCAUAAACAGUGCUGUCACUAGGCAAAAACUACAGCUGUUGAUACAGUUUUGCAAGUAUAAUCAUUAAUCACUGAACACAGUAAAAGUAAUGUUUAUAUUUUAAUUUUCACCAUUUUCCAUUUUAUAUUCAUUGGUAGACAUCUCAUCACAUAAACUGACCUACUUUUGAAUGUCCUGUAGCUUUUAUGUCUGUCUAAAUUUGGUCAGUCUGGGAACUUCAAUUCUCAGGAGCCUUAAAAAUGGCUUAAGUGCUAACUUCAAUUUCAGUUCAAAGAAAGUCAGAAGUUGUGGUUUUGUACUGGUCAUAAGCCAGGGGUAGUUAUAAUUCAUAUCAGGAUGACCCAACAUAUUCAGGUCAGACUGACUAGAUCAGAAAGGCACAUUGGUCUCCAAUCCAAUAUUUUUGUGGAAUUCUUGCCUAAAUCUAGUUUAUUUUUUCUGAGCCACCCAAACUAAACCAAAGACUUUGUUUGAUACUCUCAUAUCAUGUUCAGAAUUAGGCUAUAUAUGGAUCACUUAUACUUAUGUUUUGUUCAUAGUUUUGUUGCAAUCUUAAGUAAUAACACAAAAUCCGAAAGAACUUUGACUAUUAACAGAUGUUACUGGAAUGUGAAAUCCAAGUGUAAAAUUUUGAAAGGAUUUUCUUUAAUUUAUAACAGAUGAAUGCAUACUUAAUAUGCACCAAGAUUUUGCUAAGAUCUCAAAAAAUUAGGUGCAUAUAAUGAUUGAAAAUGAUUUUUAAUAUGCAUACUUUCAAUAAAGAUUUUUGAUGCAUUGAAAAAGGUAUAUUUCAAUAGUAUAUGGAUGUUUUAUUCCUUUUUAUUAGUGAAGUCUGCUACCUGAAUGUAUUUGAGAACAUGUAAAACUGUAGGUAUCAAUAAGUAGUCACCAAUUACGAAGUUUUUGAGGGCAUGAAUUGUGUAAAACAUAUCAUUUAAAGAAAAUAUUUGAGACUGACUGCAUGCUAUGUGCUGUUUGUGUGUAUUCUUUGUUUUCAAAGUUGGUCUUUUAUUUGAUGAUCAUUUAAAUUUC